AUGGCUCUACCACGGAUUGAACUACCUGUGCCUUUCGCACACGUCACUCCCCCAGGCAGAUUGAACUACCACCCUCCGCUUACUAAGCGGGUGCUCUACCACUGA